AGCCGGAGACAACGGCGCUGUGGCGAGCGAGACCGUGGUUGGUGGCGCAGUAGUUGGGGGAGCGGACGGAACGGGGAGAGAGCGGAGAGGAGAUACAGAGCAGCGCUGACAGGCGGGACCGGAGUGGAGACUGACUGCUGAUAGAAGGAAAGGAGACAGCGCCGGCGGCUGGACGGAGCAGCGCUGACAGAAGGGGCAGGGGUAUAACAGCAUAGUGAGAGGUGACUGUGCCUUGAGUCCCUUUGUGUUAGGAGCGCCAGCUGUGAAGAGUCAGUGAAAGGUAAUGCAGCAGGAGACACAGGUGCGGGGCGGUGGCGCUGUGCUGCUGAAGGCUAAUGAAGUAUGAUUUCCAUAUACUGAUGACACUAAUAGCCGCCCUGCUCAUUAAAUCUUAAGUUGCCUACAGCCCUGUAACAAAGACAUUAUUGGUGCAUGAAAGAGGUUUGAACUACACCAAACAGCCUCUGGGAACUUCUAGUCAUUGCAGGACUCUGUGCAGUAGUUUCCGCUUCAAUUACAACCAAAGCAAUCACACUUGGACAAUAAUCACUAAGAAAGUAUGGAUAUAUUCUAUCUGAUUGGAAUUCACUUAAUAAUGGCUUCGGUUUUUCUGCUUUCCAUUGAAAAACAUGACUGUACAUUUGAAGGAACAAAUAGAAGAACUUUUUUGGACAACAACAGAACAAUACAUGAUAGAAUCAAAAGGGAUUUAGACCAAAAAUACAAAAGAAUGACUGCUUUUGAACAGCAAAAUGAAACACAUUUAAGAACUAAAAAUAAAAUUAUGAUGCAAACACUGAGAAAUAAAACCAACAAAACAUCUAUUCAGCCAAACGAAAUGGCAUCUUCUUACUUCCUCCGUGUAGCUGCAAACAUUACUGGCUGCAUCCCUCAAUACAAUCCACCACCCUGUGCUAACAAUUGCCUCGCAUUUAAGUACAGACAAAUCACAGGAGCCUGCAACAACAGGAAUCACCCUACCUGGGGGGCCUCAAAUAUUAUGUUGCCUCGAUGGCUUCCAUCACAGUAUGAGGAUGGGAUCAGUGAGCCAAAGGGAUGGAAUCCAGAUUUCCUCUACAACAAUUUCCAUCUCCCACCAGUUCGAGAAGUAACAAAUAAAAUAAUUCAUGCAUCGAAUGAGGAUUUUCAGGAGGAUGGUUUAUAUUCCCAUAUAAUAAUUGAAUGGGGACAAUAUAUAGACCACGACAUGGCUUUCACACCACAAAGUAUUGGUAAAUCUCAAACAUUGUGGGGAAUUAACUGUCAAUCAACUUGUGAGAGGCAGAAGACAUGUUACCCCAUAACGAUAUCUGGUAAUGACUCUAUAACCCAGAAUAGAUGUAUACCAUUUUAUCGCUCUUCCGCAGCCUGUGGCACUGGGGAUCAGAGUGCACUGUUUGGAAUCUCAUCCACUGCAAUGCCAAGAGAACAAGUGAAUGGUUUAACAUCAUUUAUUGAUGCAUCUACAGUCUAUGGCAGUACAGCAGCUGUAGAAAAUAAAUUGAGGAAUCAUUCAAGUGAGGAAGGCCUGCUGCGAGUAAAUGUUCAACAUUCUGAUCAUGGAAGACAUUACAUGCCAUUUGUUGAUGACACGCCAUCACCCUGUCUGCAAGAUCCCACUGCUGGCUCAGCUGAAAGAAUUGAAUGUUUCUUUGCAGGUGAAAGCAGGUCCAAUGAAGUCAUAUCACUAGCGGCAAUCCAUACAUUGUGGCUGAGAGAGCACAACCGUUUGGCCAAAGCUUUGAAAAAACUGAACCCUCAAUGGAGUUCUGAGACCACGUACCAGGAGACUCGAAAAAUAGUUGGCGCAUUACAUCAGGUCAUCACUAUUCGAGAUUACAUUCCAAAAAUUUUGGGCUUAUCAGCUUUUCAGCAAUAUAUUGGCACAUACAAAGGAUAUGAUGAGAACACCAAUCCCUCCAUUUCAAAUGUAUUUUCAACGGCAGCAUUUCGUUUUGGCCAUGCAACAAUCCCUCCGGUUGUACAUAGACUAGACUCUCAGUAUGAAGAACACCUGCAAUACCCAAGUCUUCUACUAAAUGAAGUAUUUUUCCGUCCCUGGAGAAUAAUUAAAGAAGGUGGCAUAGAUCCUUUAAUAAGAGGUCUGCUGGGAAAAUCUGCAAAGCUACAAACACAAAAAGAAAUGAUGAAUGAAGAGUUAACGGAAAAACUGCUUGUGCUUUCCAAUAAUGGUUCUGUGGAUCUGGCAUCUCUUAAUUUGCAGCGAGGUCGGGACCAUGGCUUGCCUGGCUACAAUGACUGGAGAGAGUUUUGUGGAUUACCAAGACUGAACUCACUCUCAGAUAUUCAAAGAGCAAUCUCUAAUCAUAAUAUAACAAAGAAAAUGAUUGAGUUAUAUGGACAUCCUGACAACAUUGAUGUCUGGUUGGGUGGUCUAGCAGAAGACUUUCUUCCAGGCGCAAGAAUUGGACCUUUGUUUGCAUGUUUAAUUGGAAAGCAAAUGAAAGCAUUGCGAGAUGGAGACAGGUUUUGGUAUGAAAAUCCAAAUGUUUUCACCGAGGACCAGAGAAUGGAACUUGCAAAACACUCUCUUUCACGUGUGAUUUGUGAUACUACUGGCUUAAAGCAUGUACCCUCUGAUGUCUUUCUGAUGGAAAGCUACCCAGAUGGCUUCGAAUCUUGUGACAAUAUCCCUGGAAUAAGCCUCCAAGCUUGGAAAGAGAAUUUAGAUCAAGGUACAUCCUGUGGUCUUCCAGUGAAGAUAGAAAAUGGAGACUUUGUGUAUUGUUCCGACACAGUGAUCAUUUAUCAUUGUCAUUCUGGCUAUCGCUUAGUAGGACAUGAAGAAUUAGCCUGUCACGGAAGUCAAUGGACUAACAAACUGCCUUUAUGUACAGAUAUCAAUGAAUGUUCGGCUCAGCUGAAUCCCCCAUGUCAUUCCUCGGCUACAUGCAAGAAUACAUUAGGCAGCUAUCAAUGCUUAUGCACAGAUCCAUACAUACUUGCAGAAGAUAAAAGGACCUGUGCAGAUUCCGGAAGAUUGCCACGUGCAUCAGUAGCCUCUGUUAUUUUAGUUGCCAUUUUGUUUGCGUCAUGGUCGGCGAUAUUAUGGAUUUUAGUCUGCAGAUGGAAAUCUUUCUUUAAGGAAUCUGCUGAUGCUCACAGAGGAGACGACUUGAAUGUGGAUGGUUUAAAAUGUCACAGAAUAUCUUUGUCAUUUCCAUCAAUUCCUCUAGAACAAAUCCACAAGGAAACAAAUGAUGGUCAUCAUAUCUUACUACACGUAUAAUGAUAGUAACAAAACACAGAAGUAGAAUUACGUAUAUUGGACUCCACUUAACUGUUGGGAAAACAAAUCCAUAUUUUUCAUGAAUUUGGACAUCAAACAACAGACUGUCCUGGACAAAUGUGAUGCAUGGGUGAUUAACAACUUGUA